GCGGCCCUGGCGCGUGACCAGGGAUUGAUUCGGUUGUCUGGUGGUUGGGUCUGUCUGUCCAUCCGUCCGCGGGUGCCAUCAUGGCGGACGCGGCCAGUCAGGUGCUCUUGGGCUCCGGUCUCACCAUCCUGUCCCAGCCGCUGAUGUACGUGAAGGUGCUCAUCCAGGUGGGAUAUGAGCCUCUUCCUCCAACAAUAGGACGAAAUAUUUUUGGGCGGCAAGUAUGUCAGCUUCCUGGUCUCUUUUGUUAUGCUCAGCACAUUGCCAGCAUCGAUGGGAAGCGUGGGUUGUUCACAGGUUUAACUCCAAGACUGUGUUCAGGAGUCCUUGGAACUGUGGUCCAUGGUAAAAUCCUACAGCAUUACCAGGAAUGUGAAAAGGUUGAGGAAUUAGGACCUGGGAAUGUACAGAAAGAAGUCUCAUUAUCCUUUGACCGAGUUAUCAAAGAGACUACUCGAGAGAUGAUGGCCCGUUCUGCUGCUACCCUCAUCACACAUCCCUUCCACGUGAUCACUUUGAGAUCCAUGGUACAGUUCAUUGGCAGAGAGUCCAAAUACUGUGGACUUUGUGACUCCAUAGUAACCAUCUAUCGGGAAGAAGGCAUCCUAGGAUUUUUUGCGGGUCUUAUUCCUCGCCUCCUAGGUGACAUCAUUUCUUUGUGGCUCUGUAACUCACUGGCCUACCUCGUCAAUACCUAUGCACUGGACAGUGGGGUUUCCACCAUGAAUGAAAUGAAGAGUUACUCCCAAGUUGUCACAGGAUUUUUUGCCAGUAUGUUGACCUAUCCCUUUGUGCUUGUCUCUAAUCUUAUGGCUGUCAACAACUGUGGGCUUGCUGGUGGAUCCCCUCCUUACUCCCCAGUAUAUACUUCUUGGCUAGAUUGCUGGUGCAUGCUACAAAAAGAGGGAAAUAUGAGCCGAGGAAAUAGCUUGUUUUUCCGGAAAGUCCCCUUUGGGAAGACUUAUUGUUGUGACCUGAGAAUGUUAAUUUGAAGAUGUGGGGUGGGGGAGACAAUGACAUUUCUGUAGUUCCAGAUGCACAGAAUUAUGGGAGAGAAUGUUGAUUUCUAUACAGUGUGGCACACUUUUUUAAUAAUCAUUUAAUCGGGAAAAUGGA